GAGCCUCCCGAGGAUGAUGCCAAUAUCAUUGAGAAGAUCCUUGCCUCCAGGAUGGUGCAGAAGGAGGCUCAUCCUGGAGGCCUGACAUUUGAGAUGGAGGAAUUCUACGUCAAGUACAGGAACUUCUCCUACCUCCACUGUAAGUGGGCAACUUUGGAGGAGCUGGAGAAGGACCCCAGGAUCUCCCAGAAGAUAAAGCGAUUCCGGAACAAGCAGGCUCAGAUGAAGCAUAUUUUCACAGAGCCCGAUGAGGAUUUGUUCAACCCAGACUACGUGGAGGUAGAUCGAAUUCUGGAGGUGGCUCACACAAAGGACCCUGACACCGGGGAAGAGGUGACUCACUACCUGGUGAAGUGGUGCUCACUGCCCUACGAGGAGAGCACCUGGGAGCUGGAGGAGGAUGUUGACCCUGGGAAGAUUAAAGAGUUUGAAGCUCUCCAAAUCCCUCCAGAAAUCAAGCACAUGGAGCGCCCGGCAUCUGAGUCCUGGCAGAAACUGGAGAAGUCCCGGGAGUAUAAGAACAGCAACCAGCUGCGGGAGUAUCAGCUGGAGGGAAUGAACUGGCUGCUUUUUAACUGGUACAACAGGAAGAAUUGCAUCCUGGCUGAUGAGAUGGGACUGGGGAAGACAAUCCAGUCAAUCACCUUCCUCUCAGAAAUAUUCCUGAUGGGCAUCCAUGGCCCCUUCCUCAUCAUCGCACCUCUCUCCACCAUCACCAACUGGGAGAGGGAGUUCCGCACCUGGACGGAGAUGAAUGCCAUUGUGUACCACGGCAGCCAGAUCAGCCGGCAGAUGAUCCAGCAGUAUGAGAUGGUAUACAGGGACCCGCAGGGUAACCCGCUCCCUGGGAUCUUCAAGUUCCAGGUGGUUAUCACCACCUUUGAGAUGAUCCUUGCUGACUGCCCAGAGCUGAAGAAGAUCCAGUGGCGCUGUGUGGUCAUUGACGAGGCACAUCGCCUGAAGAACAGAAACUGCAAACUCCUGGAGGGGCUGAAGCUCAUGGCCCUGGAGCACAAGGUGCUACUGACAGGGACCCCCCUGCAGAACUCUGUGGAGGAGCUCUUCAGCCUCCUGAAUUUCCUGGAGCCACAGCAGUUUCCCUCAGAGACAGCCUUCCUGGAGGAGUUCGGAGACCUGAAGACAGAGGAGCAGGUGAAGAAGCUGCAGUCCAUCCUGAAACCUAUGAUGCUGCGACGGCUGAAGGAUGAUGUAGAGAAGAAUCUGGCACCCAAGCAGGAGACCAUCAUUGAGGUGGAGCUGACCAAUAUCCAGAAGAAAUACUACCGGGCCAUCCUGGAGAAGAACUUCUCCUUCCUCUCCAAGGGUGCCAACCAGCACAAUAUGCCCAACCUCAUCAACACCAUGAUGGAGCUGCGGAAGUGCUGCAAUCACCCAUAUCUCAUCAACGGGGCAGAGGAGAAGAUCCUGGAAGACUUCCGUAAAACACACAGCCCGGAGGCAUCAGACUUCCAGCUGCAGGCGAUGAUCCAGGCAGCCGGGAAGCUGGUGCUCAUCGAUAAGCUGCUUCCCAAGCUGAUCGCUGGCGGGCACAAGGUGCUCAUCUUCUCCCAGAUGGUGCGAUGCCUCGACAUCCUGGAAGACUAUCUCAUUCAGAGGAGGUACACCUAUGAGCGCAUUGAUGGGCGAGUGCGUGGGAACCUGCGCCAGGCUGCUAUUGACCGCUUCUGCAAGCCCGACUCGGAUCGCUUUGUCUUUCUGCUCUGCACACGGGCGGGCGGGCUGGGGAUCAACCUGGCUCAAGCUCGCUGCCACCGGAUCGGGCAGAGCAAGGCAGUGAAAGUCUAUCGCCUCAUCACCAGGAACUCCUACGAGCGGGAGAUGUUUGACAAGGCCAGCCUGAAGCUAGGCCUGGAUAAGGCUGUGCUGCAGGACAUCAACCGCAAGGGCAGCACCAAUGGGGUAGUGAUGCCUCUGUGUGUUGGGCAUUUUCAGCAGCUCUCAAAGAUGGAGGUGGAGGAUCUCCUGCGGAAGGGUGCCUACGGCGCGCUUAUGGAUGAGGAGGACGAAGGAUCAAAGUUCUGUGAGGAAGACAUUGAUCAGAUUCUCCAGCGCAGGACACAGACCAUCACGAUCCAGUCUGAGGGGAAGGGCUCCACCUUUGCCAAGGCCAGCUUCGUAGCAUCGGGAAACAGAACUGACAUUUCCUUAGAUGACCCCAACUUCUGGCAGAAGUGGGCCAAGAUAGCAGAGCUCGAUACGGAUGCCAAAAAUGAAAAGGAAAGCCUGGUCAUUGACAGGCCCCGGGUGCGGAAGCAAACCAAACACUACAACUCCUUUGAAGAGGAUGAGCUAAUGGAGUUCUCUGAGCUGGACAGUGACUCGGAUGAGCGACCCACACGCUCACGACGCUUCAAUGAGAAGACACGGCGGUACCUGCGGGCCGAGUGCUUCCGUGUGGAGAAGAACCUGCUCAUAUUUGGCUGGGGACGCUGGAAAGAUAUCCUGACCCAUGGGCGGUUCAAGUGGCACCUGAAUGAGAAGGACAUGGAGAUGAUUUGUCGGGCCUUGCUGGUCUAUUGCGUCAAACACUACAAGGGGGAUGAGAAGAUAAAAAGUUUUAUCUGGGAUCUCAUCACGCCAACGAAGGAUGGUCAGAACCAAGCUCUGCAGAAUCACUCAGGCUUGUCAGCACCGGUGCCCAGAGGCAGGAAGGGGAAGAAGAUGAAGAACCAGAUGCUGCUUCCUGAGAUAAAGAAUGCGGACUGGCUCGCCACCUGCAACCCUGAGGUGGUCCUGCAUGACGACAGCUACAAGAAGCACCUGAAACAGCACUGCAAUAAGGUUCUGCUGCGGGUGCGAAUGCUCUACUACCUGAAGGCUGAAGUGCUGGGGGAGGCCGCUGACAAAGCCUUCAAGGGGACCCCUGCCAGGGAGCUGGACGUGCUGCUGCCGGAUAUUGACUACGUGGAGAUCCCAGUGGACUGGUGGAAUGCUGAAGCUGAUAAAUCCCUGCUCAUCGGCGUCUUCAAGCACGGUUACGAGAGGUACAAUGCCAUGCGGGCAGACCCGGCGCUGUGCUUUCUGGAGAAGGUGGGCAUGCCGGAUGAGAAGCUGCUCUCCGCGGAGCAGGGCGUCAGCGAUGGGGCCCAGGAUGCUGCUGAAAGGGGCAGCAUGGAAAAGGAAGAGAGUGGUGGAGAAAAGCUGGAGGGGCUGCCAAAGCAGGAGGACAUCGUGGUUGCUGGGGUGGGCGAAGCCGGUGAGAAGCAGGACGAGCCAGCGGCAGGGGAGGAUGGCUCCGACUCAGACAGAUCCUGCUGGCCUGUCUCAUCUGCCCUCACAGCCAGACUGCGGAGGCUGGUCACUGUCUACCAGCGCUGCAACCGCAAAGAGCUGCCUCCCCGUGCCGAGAUGCUGGUGCCUGGUAACCAUGGAUACUGGCUGCAGGAUGAGAUGUUCAGGAGAGCCUCUGAAAUGGACUCGGUGAACAAAGAAAUGCAGAAAAGGUGGACCAGGAGAGAGCAGGCAGAUUUCUACCGCACUGUCUCCUCCUUUGGGGUUAUCUAUGACCAGGAGAAAAAGAUCUUUGACUGGACCCAGUUCCGAGCCAUCUCUCGACUGGAGAAGAAGACAGAUGAGAGUCUGGAGAAGUACUUCUACAGCUUUGUGGCCAUGUGCAAGAAUGUCUGUGGUCUCCCGCUGUGGAAGGAGGAUGGUCCCCCAGACCCUGACAUCUAUGUGGAGCCCAUCACGGAGGAACGUGCUGCCAGAACGCUCUACCGAAUUGAGCUUCUGCGAAAGGUGCGCGAGCAGGUGCUCAAGUGUCCGCAGCUCCACGAGCGGCUCAAGCUGUGCCGGCCAAGUCUCUACCUGCCGGUGUGGUGGGAGUGUGGCAAACAUGAUCGGGACCUGCUGAUCGGCACUGCCAAGCACGGCCUGAAUCGCACUGACUACUACAUCAUGAAUGACCCCCAGCUGUCUUUUUUAGAUGCAUACAGGAACUAUGCACAGCAUAAAAGAACAGUGCUUCCAGGCCCAGAAACUCUGUGCUGCCUUUACCAGACUAACUCCAAACUCUACAGUUCCCCUCUAUACAGCCAGGUGGACCGGACUUGCGAAUCCCUGGAGAACGAAGCCGAGAGUCAGCUUAAGCUAGAAACCGCAGACAGCACUAUGUCCCAGGCUGGGGGCAGUCCACCAGGUGCAAACUGUGAAACAUUCAUGUCCAAAGUCCGGGACAUCAUGACCAGUAACUAUGAUGAGAGCUCUCUGCCGGACUCGUUGGUGUGUAUGAUGUACGAGGAGAAGGCCUGUAACAGCGAGCAGAGCUCCCUUGCCCGAGACAGCCCAAGUUGCACAGACGUUGGAAGCAGCGGUGCUAAACUCUCUGAAGGCAAGCUGGAGGGGGACGAGGAUCCGUCCAGCUGUGAUGCAGAUGCCAUGAGAGAGACACCCUUCCUAGAGGGUUUGCAGGUGGGAUGCGAUCGAAUGGAUGCUCAGAACGAGGAAGCUGAGCCUUCACCUUCUACUCCUGAGAGCGACCCUUUGCAGAGCGUCCCAGCAGAGCUCUGCGAAGCCUUGCCACAGAAGGGAGACCUCACCAGCCCUGCGCCAGUGCUGCCUGAGCACAGUGCCAUGGAAGGGGUCAUAAGCAUGGGGCUUUACAGUCCCAGUCUUCAUAACUAUGAAAUAAAGGUUCCUCCUGAGCAGAGGUUCAUCAGCCUGCUGCAGGAGAAAGGAAUGGAGGCAAAGUCAGGGCCAGGUCAGAGCCACAGCGAGGAAGAUGAGGAAGAAGAGGAUGAUGAUAAUUCUGAGGCAGCAGCAGAUGUUGUGGAAGGCUUGAGUGGUCCCAGGACCAGGACUGGUUGUGACCCCGAAGCUAAUGAAUUUGGGGGUGAGGAGCAGAGCUCUGGCCUCCCCACGCCUGAGGACACUUGUCCAGAAGACAUGAAUGGCGAGAGAGAGCCCGUGGGGUUGGAGACACCCGAAGGGCUGAGGGAGCCCGGGCCAGAGGGCAGGGGGGACCAUGUCCUGGAUGAGGAGAGCACCCUGCAGCACGCACCAGGCCAGGCUCAGAGCCAGGGUUUCAGCCUGCCUGUGCCUCUGCACAGCACCCCAGAGGCAGAGUCCCUCUGUGCUGGGGGGGAGGCCUGGGGCCGAGGGGCCGAGGGGCAGGCAGCCUGCAGAGAGGCCCUGCACCAUGAGCCCCACGAGGUGAAGCAAGAAGAGUGUGAGAACAGAGAUGAGGGGGAGAAAGCCAGCAGCAACCACAGUCAAGAUGGUCCAGAGAAGUACUUGGAGGAAGAGAGUAAGAGUUCUGCUUCUGUCCUGCCUGGGGAGAUCGAUGACCUUCAGGAUGCACGGGCACCAACCAUUGCCCAGCUGCUACAGGAGAAGACGCUUUACUCCUUCUCUGAGUGGCCUAAGGACCGUGUGAUCAUCAACCGCAUUGACAACAUCUGCCAUGCCAUCCUGAAGGGCAAGUGGCCUUCCUCCAGCCAGCAGUUUGAGACACAAAACCUGCUGAUGGCUCCAGCGGUAGCCAGCAAUGCCAGCAGCAAGAACAGCUUUGCGGAGUCAGAAGCCCCUGAUCCCAGCUUCAGUAAUGGGGUGUUAAUCUCACAGGUACAAAAGGAAGGUUUCCUGAGCCCUGCCUUUGCAAAGGACGAGCGGAAGCACAAGAGGCCCUAUGAAUUCGAGAUGGAGAGAGAUGUCAAGCAGAGGAGGUUGGAGCAGCUAGCAGCAACGCACGUCCAUCCACCCGUUGUGCUGAACGGCUGGCGCGACGCAGCAGUGGACUUGUCCAGAGCCUGCGAUGGGUCACCAGGGAGCUCUUCUCCUUUCUCCCUGAACACAAACAUGCCCAAACUGGGGACCGUGAACACCCUGCAGGGCUCCCUGGGCAUGGACUUGUCUGGCAUCCUCCAGGCAGGGCUAAUCCAUCCUGUCACAGGACAGAUCGUAAACGGCAGCCUCCGAAGAGACGAUGCUGCCAUGAGGAGGAGACGAGGCAGGAGAAAAAAUGUAGAAGGGAUGGACCUCAUCUUCUUGAAGGAGAGGCCUCUUCCAACCAGGCUGCAGGAUGUUCAGGAAGACCAACCACAGCCCCCCCAGAACAGUCCCCUCCCUGAUGGGCCGGUUGCUGCUACCUCAACUCCACAGCCAGUCCCAGCUGCAGGCAGCCAAGCAGAGAAGGCUGUCCCGAGCAAGAGUCUCCUCGACUGGCUCCGUCAGCAAUCCGACUACACAUUUGACGUUACCGGCUUUGGCACAAAUUUUUCAGACAAACCCAAGCAGAGGAGGCAACGCUGCAAGGACCCCAGCAAAUUGGACAUUAACUCACUCACGGGAGAGGAGCGGGUGCCUGUGGUACAUAAGGGUACUGGACGGCGGUUAGGGGGAGCCACAGCACCAGCAUUGAAGGAAUUGCCAAGGUGGCUUGAUGCAAACUUGGAGUAUGCUGUUGCAGCUGACUGGGCUGACAUUGUUAAGCUUUCAGGCUACUUACCGGAGAGCAAAUUCAACCGCAUCCUAACCGAGCCUGUGCUCCGAGACGCAGGGCCGCGCCGGAGGGGGAGAAGGCCCCGAAGCGAACUCAUUAAAGGCCCUGGCAUUGUAGCAGAUACUUCUUCUGGAAUGGGACCAUUGUUCAUGAACGGACUGAUUGCUGGGAUGGAUCUAGUAGGACUUCAGAACAUGAGAAACAUGCAAGGGAUCCCUCUGACCGGGCUGGUUGGGUUUCCUGCUGGAUUUGCAGCAGUGCCCACUGGUGAGGAUGUGAAAAGCACCCUCAGUAUGUUGCCCAUGAUGCUGCCAGGCAUGGCUACCGUACCACAGAUGUUUGGCGUUGGAGGACUUCUCAACGCCCCCAUGACAACUACUUGUACUGCGACUGCUCCGGCUUCGUUAACAAGCACAACGAAAAGUGGUACAGCCAGCACGGAGAAAGCUACUGAGGAGAAACAGAGCAGCCAGGAUGUGAAAAAAGAAACUCUCUCGGAAGAUAAGCCCGGUCCUAGUUCGUUUUCUAAUCAGACAGAAUCCGCAAUAACUACCAGUAGUCCUGUAGCUUUUAACCCGUUUCUUAUCCCAGGGAUGUCUCCUGGACUGAUCUAUCCCUCAAUGUUUCUUUCCCCUGGCAUUGGCAUGGCGCUGCCCAGCAUGCAGCAAACCAGACACUCGGAGGCAGCGAACCUGGAAAGCCAGAAGCGGAAGAGAAAGAAAGCGAAAGGGGAAUCGGCAAACCUGGAGCCAGAAACUGUCUCGCUGCCGGAGAAAGAAGCUGCGAACACUCAAAACUGUACAGAGCAAACGCCGCCGUUGUCGGCAGAGAAAGAGCAGGAUGGACCAGCAGAGGAGGAGCGUGAAGCGGCUCGCGAUACCGAUUAGAACUUUGGUUUCAUUGAAAAAAAAAAAACAAAACACAAAAAGAUUGUGGCUUGUGAGUUUCUUAUCCCAUAAACUCUUUAUUACUUACCCUCCCACCCCGCUCCGUCUUCAUAAACCUGUGUUUCCAUGAGUAAUAUUAUCUACCUAAUUCCCUGUCAGAAAAAACUCUGGUGACAUACUACAUGUUAAUAGUUGCAGGGUCUUGCCACUUUAUUAGAUAAACAGUGUUGUCUAGCUAGUAUGGGAGGCACCGAAUUCUCAUUCUGUUUUUCCAGUUGUUCACCCCAGCCGAUGAUAGCAAAUCCAGUACUCGGUCACCCCCCCCAAAUUUCUCACUCCUUUGAGAAGAAAAAGCAGCAAAA